AUAAGAUACUGGUACCGAGUAGUAAAAAAGGAAACCAGUUUAAACGGAAGUCAGGUUAAACUUCCUCUAUAUAGCCUCUUUUUCACGACGAAUCAUGGUUGUCGGCCAGUUAAGAUUUGUUGAAAUAGGCCGUGUGGCCUACAUUGCCUAUGGACCAGACCAAGGCAAACUAUGUGCUAUAGUUGAUGUUAUUGAUCAGAACAGGGCCUUGAUUGAUGGACCAUGCACUGGUGUGUCCAGGAAACAGAUGAAUUUCAAAAACAUUCAUUUGACUGGUAUCAAAUUAAAAAUGCCAAGAUCCCUCCGUACUGGUCUCCUGAAGAAAAAAUGGGAAAGUGAGAAAAUCCAAGAACAAUGGGGAAAAACCACAUGGGCCCAGAAAAUAGCAAACAGAGAACUGAGGAGUAAGCUCUCAGAUUUUGACAGAUUUAAACUGAUGAAGGCCAAGCAAGCAAGAAACAGAUUGAUAAAUGUUGAAUUUGGUAAACUGAGACUUCAGGCCAAGAAGGCUCCAGCUAAACCCAAGAGGAUUAGGAAGCGUCCAAGCAAAAAAUAAACACUCACUAUUAAAGGGUUUAGAAAUAAA